GUCGUCUACACGAGAUAUUAAGGUUACCAGCAUUUUACUCCCGGACUACUAAAAUUGAUUUUUACAACCUUCAGCAGGCGUCUGAAAUUUAGGGAAACAAAAAAGAUUUUUUCCCUGUUUUUCUGCCGCCGAGAUGAACAGAAACCUUCUUCCGUCCUUGAAUUAUUAUUGGACGCUCGAACGAUCAACAAAAAUUCAUUACGUGCUGCUUAACGUCACAUUGACGUCAGGCAUUACACGUAAUCAUAUUAUAUCCAGAUGUCGUUACCUCGAUAUAAUAGAAUUGUGUAUAACGCGUAAACAACGUCUCGGCUUAUACAUUGUUCCAAAAUAAAAUAACAAUAAUAAUUGCGGAAUAAUCAAUUUAUUUCUUUAAAGUAUUGCAAGUUAAGUUUUCGUUUAAAAAUAAUAAAAAUAAACAUGUUACGCGCGUUUUAAUCCAUUAACAAAUUAGAGUAACGGAGAAAGAAUAUUAUGAUAAAGUUAACGUUGCCGGAGUUAAGAAACAAGAGAAUAAAUAUAUGCAAAAGGCGGGUGAAGCACUCGAGUUAAUGAUUAAAAAUGGAAUAGACGAGAGUGUAUCAGAGAUGCGAGAAAAGUGUCGGGUAUUUAAUAAGCGAGCAUCGUUUACAAUUCAGUUGAAUAAAUAUUUUCUUACCCUGGAAAAAUUUCAUUUAAAAAAUUAAUAUUCGACAAGUUUGCUUAACAAAAUUCGACCGAAAUCGGAAAUUCGAGAAAUCAAAAAGAAAUAUGGAAGGAUGUCUCGCAGCGGGAUCAUUUCGUCUCAGGAAAUUUCUUUGGUGGAAUGCGAAAUAAGUCACAAAGUAGAGAUUCCGAGCUCAUCUCUUUGUGAAGAUCCAACUCUCGAGAUUAAAUAUCUUUGGACAAAAGAUAAAGCCCUAUUGAAUGGUCAAGAAGAUACUCGGAUGCAUUCACAUUCAUCUGAUAAGGAUGCAUUCGACGAAAUUGGAGAAAAUAUCAAUGGAGAAAAAUAUGGUAAACAAGAUCGAUUUAAUAAAUUCUCGUGUGCUUUAAAGAAAACUGAAGAAGAAUUCUGCGGAGAUUAUUUGUUAUCAAAAGGAUUUUCAGUAAAGACUCAUACAUUUACAAACGAUUACUCCGCUCGCCUAGCUUCCGAGGCGCAGGAAGAACACAAAAGAAUCGAUUUAUUUAACGAAGAAAGCUUCCAAGAGAUAAUGGAAAUAUUUGAAUCGCUAACUGACGACCAGGGCAUUAGCGAAUCGAAACUGUCCUCAUUUAUUAUAGAAUCCGAGAAGAGCAACAAAUGCAACUUAAAAAAUUACUGGAACCGAGAAAAAACGAAUGCUAUCGAAUCCAGUAUCUUCACGGGAUGCCAACUGUCCAACAACGCUCUUGGCCGCAAGACGAAUAAUAUCGAGUGGAUUCAGAAAAAUAUCAAAUAUUCAAAACGUGCGAUAUCCAAGAUGGGAGAUGGUCACUUCAUUUCCAAGGUUUACCAGGAGAAUCAGGGAAAGACUAAGGAAAUGGAGU